AUGCUCAACUUGAGAUUCCAGGACCAAACCUCUCUCGACAUCGGCAGAAAGGAAGACAGGCCCAACAUCAAAAGACUCUUCAUUAUGCUGAGCCCAAUCAGAAUAAUCUAUCAUCCAGACACAAUCUAUGAUCCCCGGCUGGUGUUGAACAAUGCGGAGAGUAUCAAGAAGGAGUGUGUGUGGUACAGCAGGGAGAUUGACCCCCAGAACGACACUCCGUGGGUGGUGAUGCACUGGAGGGUCCGGGCAAUCUUCUUCGAAAACAUGGAACUACAUGACUUCCCAAGAGACGUGCAGGACAUUAGUGUGUAUGUGACGAGCGAGUGGGGAGCUGCCGACAUUGAACUCAUUUUGGAUGACGUGCGCAUGAGCACACUGGACAUGGCCAACUUCAGGGACUCUCAGGAGUGGUUCCUGUUCAGACAUGUUGAGGUGGAGAAGAUACCAGAGGAUCCGAACAGUACUGUCAAGUUGGGGUACACUGCUGGCUUCAUUGUGGCCAGGUGCAGAGUCCAGAGAAGAAUCAAGUACUAUGUGUUGAACCACGUGAGCAUCAUGCUGUGUCUGCUUGUUCUCUCCUUCAGUUUCUUCACUUUUGACCCCGUGUGGAAUCUGUACAGAAUAGGAAAUGCCAUGACCCUCCUUUUAGUGGCUGUCACCUUCAAACUCUCAGUCGCAGGCACUCUCCCUCCCAUUUCAUACCUCACUUAUCUCGAUAAGUACAUAAUGGGCGGGAUGAUCUACUUGAUCAUGUUGUGUGUGACCUUCGCCCUCAUAUCUCCCUGGAAGGAUAUCCCAGACAAGGCGGAAGUGAUUGACAGGUACGUGAUCAGAAGCAUGGGCGCUAUUUUGAUCACGUUCCACUCCAUGUACGCCUUGCAAUUCUAUAUUCACACCAACAAAAAGAUCAACCAGAUGAAGCGGAAGGACCAUAUCUAUUUAGAACAAUUGGCAGAAGGGGUGCCGAAGCGGACAAAAAGAAUUCGCAUUGACAAUGGAGGCUCAGAACAUGAUAGCGACGGACUCCUCGAGAGUCGCUGCUGACAAAAAACGUAUCAAUAUUACUCCAUC